UACAGGCCCCAGCGGGCCGCGCGCGGGCCCGGCGGCCAUGGCCGCGGUCGAGGCGGGAGGGCCUGUGCCCGACUACGAGGUGGCGGAGCUGUACACCCGCGGCUUCUGCGUGGGCGCUUUUGGGCACUGCUGGUGGCAGCAGCUGGGGCAGCCCGACCUCUCGCUGACGGCGGAGGAGGCGGCCGAGGCGGACGCGGCCGUAGCGGCGGAGCUAGGCUGCGCGGCGGAGACGGUGGCCGAGCUGCGAGCCGUGUGCAGCAUUGAUAUGUUAAUGCCUUCUGAUAAAGAAGAGGACCCAGAUGUUAUUCCUGAAGAUAGCAGUCUGCUAACUCUUCGAAUUAGAAAGAAGGCAUUAGAGAGGAGAGAAGAAACAAUAAUUGUGGAUCGGGCCUGCAGACAAGAAACUCUUGCCUAUGAGAUGGAGUCACAUGCAAUUGGGAAGAGACCAGACGAUCCAGUAGAUCUAGUUGAGGAGGGAGAACUGCUUUUAACUCUGAACAUCUUCUAUCCUGUCAUAUUUCAGAAGCAUAAAGAUCACAAACCCUAUCAGACAGUCCUUGUACUGGGCAGCCAGAAGCUCACCGAGCUGAGAGACUCUAUUUCCUGUGUCAGUGACCUCCAGAUAGGUGGUGAGUUCAGCAGUCAGCCAGAUCAAGCACCAGAGCACAUCAGCAAGGAUCUCUACAAAUCUGCUUUCUUUUAUUUUGAAGGCAUCUUUUAUAAUGACAAAAGAUACCCAGAGUGCAGAGAUCUGAGCAGAACAAUAAUUGAGUGGUCAGAAUCUCAUGACAGAGGCUAUGGAAAUCUUCAGUCUGUUAAAAUGGAGGACUACACAUUUAAUGAUUUGUCCCUCAAAAUUGGCUUUCCGUACCUUUUCUGUCACCAAGGGAACUGUGAACACAUCAUUAUCAUCACAGAUAUAAGGAUCAUUCAUCAUGAUGACUGCCUGGACCGGAACCUCUAUCCCUUGCUUAUCAAGAAACACUGGUUAUGUACCAGAAAAUGCUUUGUGUGCAAAAUGUAUACAGCCAGGUGGGUAACCAACAAAGACAGUCUGGCACCAGAGGAUCCUUGUUUCUUCUGUGAUGUUUGUUUUCGGAUGCUCCAUUACGAUGAGGAAGGCAAUAAACUGGGGGAGUUUCUUGCAUAUCCCUAUGUCGAUCCUGGAAUUUUCAACUGAAACUGACAUGAGUCAGAAUGAAUUCAGUGAACUACAUUGAUCAAUCUGUGCUCUGGCUGGUAAAACCACUAGACAGCUUGAGUUUUGAGCGUACUGCUGAGUUUGGGUUAGGCUUUUAAUUUUCUGCCCUGAGGUGGAAGGAGCCCUUUGCACUUGAAGUCUUUCUGGUGUGCUUUUCUGAGUAAAUAAGUAUGAUUUUAAAAGAUAAGUUAGCAUGGAAAAACAUGCUCAGACAUCUACUUUAUUUUAAUUGGUUACGUUUUUAAUACACUUAGACAACAACACGCUAGUUUGGAGACUAUGGUCUCUAAAGGCAUGGAUCUUUAAAGAGAGAAUACCUUGCAAAAGCAGCCAUGAAGUUCUGUGCAUCCAAGGCUCUGCUAACUUAAAAGGAUGAGAACCUGAUCUUCAGGCAUCUUACCUUGAAAACUCUGGCAGUUGUCAUCUCUGAAAAUUAGCAGAUAGCACCGAAUUUGUGGGGAGGAGAAUGCUUUCUGAGAGAGAAGCUCAGAGUGCUGGUUGACUUCUAAGGUCUUUCCUGCAAAUCAGGGUGCUUGCAUCUGUAAGCUACUGCUGUCCUUGCGUUCUGACUGUGAGGACUGAUUCCAUGGAGUAUUCUGCAUUUCACCAAUUACUGAGUUGUAGCCUGCCUUUCAAAUAACUUUGUUAACUGUUUACAGUGCGUGCUAUUUUAACUGGUUCUAAAGUAGUGUUCAUUGUACACUUCUUUUUUUUUUAGUAUCAUUCUGUUAUUGUAAGUAUUGUUGGUUUUUAUUAAAACAUGACCAAUUUGUACUUGCCA